CUUCGUAUUGCAGCGGAAAGGGGUUUUAUACUAGCAGCGAGUUCUGCAUUGGAACGCAGACCCCCAAAUCCGCAUGCUUUGGCCGACUGAUUUGCUUCUCUACUCUGUCUUUGGGCUGUUUUCAUUUCCUUUGCAUUGAUUGUGAGUUCGCUGGAGUCCGCCUUUCUGCAAGGGAUUGGGUGUUUGAUGUUGUUAUUGUUGUUGUUUUAAAGCCUAGUAUACUUCUCUCUAUCUCCUCUUGUUUCUCCUGCAUGUUCAACAUGUCCCUUCCUCACCCCUUUCCCCAGCCCCCACCCUCUCAAAAAAAAAAAAGUCCCCAACCUGAGAUUGUACUUUUGUACAGGAGGUUCAAAUUACAAAUGGCAAUUUUAUGCACUUCGUCGUAUUAACGCUGCCGCCCGGGCAGCGCUCAUGUGACCCUCCGUGGAUUAACAUUCUGCUAAAAAAAAAAAAAAAAAAAAAAAACCUCUGCUUUCCUUUUUCCUUUCACUUUUGAAACGAAGAGAGCGCGAUAGGAAGUAGGAAAGGGUGGGCGAGGGGCCCUGGGCGGUUGCUUUCGCUCUGUGCGAGUUGGGUCUUUGUGAUAUAAAAUUCGCCGAGCGCCGCGAGCCGUGCUCUGCCAAUGGCGCGCUCGGCGCGGGGCGCGGGCUCCGGGUUGGGGCGAGCCGACGCCGGGGUUUCUUUGUGCUUCUGCGAGAGCGAUUCUCCCGGCCCGGAGUCAGAUAACAGGCUGAGCCCGAGCCUAGCCAGCUUGCCCCGGUCCUUACAGGCCCUGCCCAGGCUCCGCUAGUGCCGGCUGCCUGCUCCCUGCCUCUCCCGACUUCCUCUCUCCUUAGCCGGCCUCUUUCUCUCCGCCCUCUCCCUCCGUCUCCUUCUCCGAGCACACUGAUUAGACAGACGCCAGACCUCCGCUCUCUGCUUGUCUCUCACUGGGGGUUCCCCGCCGGGCUGGGGCUGAGGCUUCGGGGUUUGGGGGAGAGUCGUUCCGGAGUGGUCACAGGCCGACUGGGGUGAACCCCUGAGCCUUUUGCAAAAGCGUCUCACCCUCCCCCCAGACUCGCCCCUCCCGUUCCCUCUCCUCCAAUCAAUAAGAAAUAUCAGCUGUUUAGCAGUAAAGAAGAAAGAUGCCCUCAGAAUGCUACAUCCCGCCCACAGCGCCAGGGACCCCAAGGCAAAGUGGCCAAUUCUGGGUCCUCGGCAGACCAGCCCCGAGCGGGCCUUGGAGGCAAGUGUGCUCCUCUGGCCCUCAGAGCUCGCCUGGGUGGUGGUUUGGAAGGCGUAGUGCCGGGAGCCUGGCGACUACAGCGGUGCAGAGGGGCAGGAUGCCGCCCACCCAGCCAACCCACGGGCAGUUCGCGCUGACCAACGGGGACCCCCUCAACUGCCACUCGUACCUGUCCGGAUAUAUUUCCCUGCUGCUGCGCGCCGAGCCCUAUCCCACGUCGCGCUUCGGCAGCCAAUGCAUGCAGCCCAACAACAUCAUGGGCAUCGAGAACAUUUGCGAACUGGCCGCGAGGAUGCUCUUCAGCGCCGUCGAGUGGGCCCGGAACAUCCCCUUCUUCCCCGACCUGCAGAUCACGGACCAGGUGGCCCUGCUUCGCCUCACCUGGAGCGAGCUGUUUGUGUUGAAUGCGGCGCAGUGCUCCAUGCCCCUCCACGUCGCCCCGCUCCUGGCCGCCGCCGGCCUGCAUGCCUCGCCCAUGUCCGCCGACCGGGUGGUCGCCUUUAUGGACCACAUACGGAUCUUCCAAGAGCAAGUGGAGAAGCUCAAGGCGCUGCACGUUGACUCAGCCGAGUACAGCUGCCUCAAGGCCAUAGUCCUGUUCACCUCAGAUGCCUGUGGUCUCUCUGAUGUAGCCCAUGUGGAAAGCUUGCAGGAAAAGUCUCAGUGUGCUUUGGAAGAAUACGUUAGGAGCCAGUACCCCAACCAGCCGACGCGAUUCGGAAAGCUUUUGCUUCGCCUCCCUUCCCUCCGCACCGUCUCCUCCUCAGUCAUAGAGCAAUUGUUUUUCGUCCGUUUGGUAGGUAAAACCCCCAUCGAAACCCUCAUCCGGGAUAUGUUACUGUCCGGCAGCAGUUUUAACUGGCCGUAUAUGGCAAUUCAAUAAAUAAAUAAAAUAAGAAGGGGGAGUGAAACAGAGAAAGAAAAGGCAAAAGACUGGUUUGUUUGCUUAAUUUCCUUCUGUUAAGAAAGGAUAUAAAAAGAUGUUUCAAGUUUGCUAAAAGAAGAGAGGGGAAGAAUUUAAUGGACUGUGAAUUUCAAAAAAAAAAAAAAAAGACUGUCAAAUGAACUUUUACAGAAUGCAUUAAAAAAAAAAAAAACUCCUGUGUCGGUCAGAACAACUUGCUACUUAUCAUUUUUGUAUAAAAAAGGAAAUUAGUCUUUUUCUUUUUUGGGUAAAUUUUUGAAAAAUAUUGCUAAAAGUGCAUUUAAGGAGAUUGGGAGACAAUUAGCAGAAUGGAGAAAGUAAGUCUUUUUUUUUUUUUCCAAAUUAUUAAUUGUCCUGUGUCUAUGUACUUCUAGCUGUUCUUUUUUGUACUUUUCUGGUUCCAAACCAGUUUAUUCUGUGGUUCUAUAAUAAGUUUUGAUAUAAUCUUGGCUUCUUAAAAACUGUGUAUCAUUAAAAUAUAUGUUCUGCAAGAAUUAAAACUGAGUCCAUGAAAAUAUCAUAGGAAGACAUAAAACUUUAAAAGGCAACUCAAAGAUGAUGGAAACGCACUUACAAGUGGUGACCAAAAAUUUUAGGUGAAGUUGAGCACUCUAAUUAGAGAACCGGAGGAACCACAUAUAUCACUUAACUCCCUACCCUGCCCCUCCCCAAAAGACACCGAGACAAACCUAGCUUUUAAAAAAUAUUUUAAGAAAGAGAAUGAACUGUGGAAUUUAUUGGCAGCCAAGGAAUGUGUCCAAGACACAUGCUGAGGUUUUGAAUAAAAAGUGAACUUUUGUAAUUUGAAUUGGGUCCCGCUUAGUUCUUGAAUUGUUAUGAAAAUCCUAUAUCUGUUUGUAUAUUUGCAAACCCUUUGUAUUAUAAUUGUUGAUAUUUUCCCUUUUUAAAAAAAUACCAUUGAAAUCAGCAUGACAAAAAUAACACUGUUGGCACUUAUAGGUAACGUGAUUGAUUCAGUAUCUUAGAGUUUACAGUUUGUGUUUUAAAAAAACUGAAGGUUUUUUUUUAAGUGCAACAUUUCUGUAUACUGUAAAAGUUAUAAUAACUGAACUGUUUGGUCGAGUCUUUGUGUGUUAUAUUCCAAGGAAAAUUGAAAGUAUUCAGAAAUUAAAAUAUUAUUUGAUAUCUGAAA